AUGAGUCCCAGCAUCACUACUGAGGCCAACCAGCCUCUCCCUGCCAGAUCCACCGUAGCCCAGAGAAAACAAGCCAACGAACUGAGAAAGACUCUUAAACCCUUGCUGGAGAAGAGAAGACGUGCUCGUAUCAACGACAGUCUCAGUCAUUUGAAAAGUCUGAUUCUUCCUCUGGUUGGCAAAGACAACGCGCGCUACUCCAAGCUGGAGAAAGCUGAUAUUCUGGAAAUGACCGUCCGUUUCCUCAGAGACCUUCCUUCCACUCCAGUCAAAGACUCCGCAGACAGUUACAGAGAAGGCUACAAAGCCUGCCUCCAGCGCGUCUCCGCUCUGCUCCCCAAAACGAGCCUGGAUCAAGACGCGUGUCAGCGGGUCAACGACUUCGUUCAGCAGUCUAUGUCUACCACCGUCACCCCAACCUGCCUGAAUUGCUGCGCUCAGAGCUCCAGGACUCUCCCUCAGAUCCAACAGAGACUCCUGAGCCUCAAAUCCAGCUUCAGCUCCAGACUGGAAAGCCAGUCCCGCAGCAGUAGCAGCGCAGUGGCUCCCAGCAGAGCGCAGCCAGGCCCACAGCCUGUCAGCGCUGCCAUGUGGAGACCCUGGUAG